AUGGAUAUAGAAAAAUGCAAGUGCUUCUACGAAAUAUUAAACGUUGAAAGCACGGCCACGGUGGAGGAAAUCAAGAAGAGUUACAAAAAAAUUAUUCUUCAGUACCACCCAGAUAAGAAUUCCCAUUUGGCGGAGGAAGAACAAAAAAGGUGUACAAAUAUAUUUCGACAAAUUCAGGAAGCAUAUGAAUGUUUGGUGGACGAGAGGAGGAGGAAGUGGUAUGACAAAAAUCGUCUGCGAAUAAUUGCAGGAAAGGAAAGUGAGGAAAAGAGGGAGCAAAACAGACAAGCACGAAGAAGAAGUGGAAGCGCCGGAAGUAGUGAAAGCGGAGGAGGAACCACCUCAGGUAUAAACAUUUGGGAAUAUUUCAGCAGCAGUUGUUACGAUGGAUUUAAUGACAAAGACGAAAGAAGUUUCUAUAAUGUGUACAGAAAAUUAUUUGAAGAAAUAAUAAAAGAAGAAAAUGAGGAGCUAAGUAUGCGUUACCGUUACAGUAAGAAGGGACACCAGGAGGAUGAGACCGCGAAUGAGAGGAACAAAGUUAAUGCACCCUCAUUUGGGGAUUCCAAAUCGGAGGGAAAACAAAUUGAUGAAUUUUAUUCAUAUUGGUCCAAUUUUUCUACUGUUAAAAAAUUUGACUACUCAUACGAAUAUAUGAAAAUGUAUGAACAGGAGAAUAGACACGUGAGACGGAAUUUAAAAAAAGUCGCUGAAAAGAGAAGCUUAAAGGAAAGGAAGGAGUUUAAUGAAAAUGUGAGGUCUCUGGUGGAACAUUUGAAGAAGCAUGAUACUAGGUACCUUAACAGGGUUGUGGAGUUGGCCGAGGAGAAGAGGAAAAAGGCGGAAGAGAAGGAAAGGCAACGUAAAGAGCAGAUGCUUCAGAGGAAAUUACUCUUUGAGCAGAAUGAGGAGAAGCGGGAAGACCCCGUGGGAGAGGAACAACCAUGUGGUUAUUCCACGUGCAGCGAACAGGGUGACAACGAGAAAGGCGACCAUGCUGGUGGUAGGGGUCAAAGGAACUACGACCCCCAUUGUGAAGACGGUGAAGAUGAAGAUGGUGGAGAAGACAAAAAUAACGAAAACCCAUACGGCGAAAUCAUCUACAGGUGCGAAGUGUGCAGGAAGAAUUUUAAAAGCAUGAAGCAGUACAACUCGCACGAGAAGUCCAAGAAGCAUGUAAGCAACUUUUUGAAGCACGCCAAGAGGUAUGCCGUGGGGGGCAUUUUCGGUGCGGACGGGGCCGAACCGCAGGGUGAACAGGUGGAUGAUCAGGUGGAUGAUAUGAUGGAUAACCUAAAUAACCCACAAAGCGACAACUCGGAUGAGCUGCUAGACACGCGCGCCCCAAAGUCGAAAACGAAAAAAAAGAAAGACAAAAAGAACACGGCACCAGUGAAUAACCUACCCGAGCGGAUCAACUCCGCCUCGGAGUCUUCACACCAGGAUGAAGACAUCUUCUCAUGGUACAAAGGGAAGAAGAAGCGGAAUCGAAACAAAUUGGUGCAUGCAUCGGAAGAAGAGGGCGUGUCUGAUAAAACAGAAAGUUUGCAGCCAGAGGGGUCACCUCAGGAGGACGAUUCUGCACAGGAGGAGGCCCCCUCGCAGGCUGCAAACGCAACGAACUCGAGUGACGACUAUGCAUCCUCCAAGCGAAAAAAAAAAUUGCUAAAGAAGAAGAAAAAAAAAGAAGGCAUUAAUAGGAAAGUAAACGAAGAAAAAAAAUUGGAAGAGCCGAAAGAAGACAGUAAGGACAUAAGCGGAAAAGCAAAUUCGAAAAGUAAAAUAAAAGAAAGUACAAAAAGUCUGGUGUGUAAAAUGUGCAGGGAAACAUUUGACUCAAGAAAUAAAUUAUUUGCACACAUACAGAAGGAAGGACACGCAGCAAAUAAAGUUGUUGCUGACGUGCCUGCAAAGGUGAAUAAAAAUAAAAAGGGAAACAGCAAGAGGGAGAAAUUGCUAUAA